AUGAUUCCGUCGACUAAUGAUAUCACCAGGCAAGGUCUGAUUGCCGUCAACUACCCCGCGCGUGAACAUGGAAUCGGUCGCCAUUGUACCUUGACGGACGCUAAGAAGCUUUGUCCCACCCUGAUUGCUCAGCACGUAGCCACAUGGCGCGAGGGCGACGACAAGUGGGCAUAUCGUGACGAUGCCGCCGCCAACAUCCAGAGCGACAAGGUCUCACUCGACCCAUACCGGCUGCAAUGCAGAAAGAUUCUGCAAAUCAUCAAAGAAAGCUUACCCCCAGACCUUCAAAAGGUCGAAAAAGCCAGCAUCGACGAGGUCUUCCUUGACCUUUCCGCCCAGGUUCACGCAAUCCUAUUGGAGCGCUUCCCUGAACUAGCAAACCCGCCUCCUUACGAUGACCCGACUGAGAAUCUCCCUGGCCCCUCCGUGGCAGCACUGGACUGGCAGGCAGAUGCCCUCGUCGACCUGGAUGAAGAGGAGGAGUCUGUGGACCCAGAUUGGGACGACGUGGCGAUCCUUAUUGGGUCUGAAAUUGUGCGCCAUGUCCGAGGCCAGAUCUUGGAGAGGCUACAGUACACAUGCUCGGCAGGCAUCGCCAAAAAUAAGCUACUCAGCAAGUUAGGCUCCGGUCACAAAAAGCCCAAUCAACAGACCGUCGUUCGAAACCGAGCUGUGGCCCAUUUCUUAUCCGGCUUCAAGUUCACAAAGAUACGCAAUCUUGGAGGAAAGCUCGGCGAAAACGUAGUGUCAACCUUCAACACCGACGCCGUUAGUGAGCUUCUGGCCAUUCCUCUGGACCAAAUGAAAGCCAAGUUGGGCCAUGACACAGGAAAUUGGGUACACAAUACCAUCCGUGGUAUUGACACUAGCGAGGUCAACUCCCGCACGCAGAUCAAGUCGAUGCUUUCGGCGAAGUCUUUUCGACCUUACAUCAAUACUCCUGAACAGGCUGUCCGAUGGCUCAGGAUCUUUGCUGCUGACAUCUUCGCCCGCUUGGUCGAGGAGGGAGUUCUGGAGAAUAGACGCAGGCCGAGAACCAUCAACUUGCACCAUCGACAUGGUGGCCAGACCAAGUCGCGCCAAGGCCCAAUUCCCCAAGGCAAAACACUUGACGAGCAAGGCUUGUUCGAGCUCGCAAAGAAUCUUUUGAAUCAGAUCAUGGCGGAAGGCAAUAUCUGGCCCUGCGCCAAUCUCAGCUUGAGCGUGGGUGGCUUCGAAGAAGGUGUCACGGGCAACAUGGGCAUCGGCGCCUUCUUGCUAAAAGGAGAAGAUGCCCAGGCACUGAGGCAGGGCAGCCGCGAAGCAAGCCAUCCAUCCACUUCGGAAGAAAUGCCGUUUUCUAAAAGGCGCCGGACGGAUGGAGGAGCGAUCGAUCGCUUCUUUACACGGAACGUUUCCACUGACGACGAACUGCCAUUCACCAAUACAACCGCAGAAAACGAUCUCGAACCCCCAGAAAAGGCUACGUCUGCAGAGCUUCCGGCGGCUACGUCGACCUCCCUGGUGCAGGGGGGCCACAUCAGCUCUCAUCAGGUCCCAAUCACAGCCUUUGUGUGUUCACGGUGUAACGCACGCUUUGAAACGUCAGAAGAGCACCAGAGCCACAAGGAUUGGCACUUUGCCAAAGACCUCCAGGACGAAGAACGUGGCAAGCCUGCAUUUGUCAGUCGCUCUUCCGCCACCCGCGGCUCUGGUACAAAGCCAUCAAGUGCAUCAGCCAAGCGGGGGGGACGCGGCGGCAAGCUUGAGCAAGGACAGAGCAAGUUGAAGUUUGGAUGA